AUGCAACAAUUGCAGAUUUCUUCGAGGUGCAAGUGGCAUGAAGAAAAUGACAUUCUCUUCUGUGCGUUAGCUGUUUGCAAGAAAAUUGCGUAUUGCAUCAGUAAUUCUCUGGCCACUCUCUUUGGAAUCCAGCUCACAGGAGCUCAUGUACCACUACAAGAUUAUGAGGCCAGCAACAGUGUGACACCCAAAAUGGUUGUAUUGGAUGCAGGGCGUUACCAGAAGCUGAGGGUUGAGAGUCCAGGAUUCUCUCAUUUCAACUCUUUUAAUCAGGAACAAAGAUCAAACACAUCCACUGGUGAUUACCCAUCUGGGGUGAAAUUUUCGGGCCAACACAGUAGUGUUCGAGGAAGAGGGAUUACCCGCUUAUUAGAGAGCAUCUCCAAUUCCUCCAGCAAUAUCCACAAAUUCUCCACCUGUGAGACUUCACUCUCAUCUUACAUGUCUCAAAAAGAUGGGGACAAAUCUUUCUCUUCCUUAACUUAAUGAUGGUACUUUUUUCAAUUUCUGGAAAAAUAAUAGGCCCAACUUCCCUUUUGACUACGGUCAUAUUAAACAAACAGAUCACAUCAAUGGUAAAUGUCACUCCUCUAAAAACUGCUUAAUUUGUAAGGAAACUUUGUUUCAUAGAUUAAAAAUAAUUGUGGUUGGAGAAGA